CACGGCCCCAAGGCGUCCUCCACGAUGAAAAACAAGAACAAGGCGACCAAAUUCCCAGUCGCGCGGAUAAAGAAGAUUAUGCAAAAGGAUGAAGAGGUUGGCAAAGUCGCUCAAGCUACUCCAAUCGUAAUAUCCAAAGCACUUGAACUGUUCCUCAACCUCAUCAUCGAAGAGUCGCACAAAGUAACAGCAGAACGCGGGUCAAAGAAAGUCGAAGCAUAUCAUUUGAAACAUGCAGUCGAAACAACCGAAAUGCUCGAUUUCCUGAAAGAAAUCGUCGAAGCUGUUCCCGAUCCCUCCGCCGGCGGCACCAUCGACCUCGAAGCCGAAAACAACGAAGCAAAGAAACGUCGCGGCAAAGGCAAACGCGCCACUGCUGCUGCUUCCGCGGGCGAAGGCGGCACUGCUCCAACAAAGAAACGACGACGAAAGAAAGUCGAUCCUGAUGAGGAGGAAGAGGCGGCGGAGCGCGCUGUGGCUGCCGAACGGACUGAUGCUGAGCAUACCGAGGGGCACGAAGAGGAUCAGGAUGCGGAGAUGAAUGAGUAUGACGACGAUGACGAUGGUCACCGGUCGGGGAACCAGGGAAGGUCGUCGGAGAGCGAUGAACCCUACAUGCCUCCAAGAUGAAUGAACACCCCUGGAACGAUCAGUUAAUACCGACAUAUGGUUGUAUGUAUAUUAUUGCCCCUGCUUAAUGGUUUUUUGGUGUUGUGUCAA